GUGAGCCAAUAAGGAGGAGCGGAAGGCGGGCCCGUGGGCCGGAGGAGAGGCUGAGGGUGAUUACAAAGAUGGCGACUGAGUCGAACAGCGACGGGGAGUUGCAAUAUCAGGGACAGAAGAGACGUGAUGCCAUCUGUAAUUUUGUCAUCUGCAAUGAUGCUUCUCUCCGAGGACAGCCAAUCAUCUUUAACCCUGACUUCUUUGUGGAGAAGCUCCGACAUGAAAAGCCUGAUGUUUUCACUGAGCUAGUGGUUAGCAAUAUCACCAGACUUAUUGACCUGCCGGGGACAGAAUUGGCUCAGUUGAUGGGGGAGGUGGACCUGAAGUUACCCAGUGGGGCUGGCACAGCGUCAGGGUUCUUCAGAUCACUCAUGUCUCUCAAGCGCAAAGAAAAAGGAGUUGUAUUUGGAUCGCCAUUGACAGAAGAAGGCAUUGCUCAAAUAUAUCAGCUCAUUGAAUAUCUACACAAAAACUUGAGAGUAGAGGGUUUGUUUAGAGUUCCGGGAAACAGUGUCCGACAACAAAUUCUAAGGGAUGCUCUUAACAAUGGCGCUGACGUUGACUUGGAGUCCGGGGAGUUUCACUCAAACGACGUGGCCUCUCUGCUGAAGAUGUUUCUGGGGGAAUUACCGGAGCCCCUUCUGACCCACAGGCAUUUCCACGCACACCUGAAAAUUGCAGAUCUCAUGCAGUUUGAUGAUAAAGGAAACAAGACCAGCAUCCCAGACAAAGAACGCCAAAUUGAGGCCCUGCAGUUGCUCUUCCUGAUUCUUCCACCACCCAAUCGUAAUUUGCUAAAGCUGCUGCUUGACCUCCUCUACCAGACAGCAAAAAAGCAAGACAAGAACAAGAUGUCUGCCCACAACCUUGCCCUCAUGUUUGCUCCUCACAUCCUGUGGCCAAAAAACGUUACUGCAAAUGACCUUCAGGAGAAUAUCACAAAGCUGAAUAAUGGGAUGACUUUUAUGAUUAAACACUCUCAGAAACUUUUUAAGGCUCCGGCUUAUGUUCGGGAGUGUGCCAGGCUGCAUUAUCUGGGCUCUAGGACUCAUGCAUCAAAGGAUGACCUGGAUCUGCCGACUUCAUGCAGUAGUAAGGACUUUCCACUUUCAAAAUCCUAUAAAAGGACCCGGAUGAACCCUUGCUUCCAACAGGAAGAGACGCAACAACGAACAGAGGAGGCCCUCAAAGAGUUAUUUCGACAUGUUCACAACAUGCCUGACUCAGCAAAGAAGAAGAAGCUAAUUCGACAGUUUAAUAAGCAGUCAACAGCUCAAACUCCAGGAGCAGAUGGAUUUACUCCCCAGUUUCAGAAACGGACCCGUUCACGCUCCUUCAGUGGACUUAUUAAGCGGAAAGUCCUGGGGAAUCAGAUAAUAAUGGAAAAGAAAAAUAAGUGUUGUACUCCAGAAUCUGUGGACAUCGGUGAAUUGAACAGAUCCAGCAAAGAAAAUGUGAACUUAGUUUGUUCUGGAUCUCCAGCACUAAAAGUGACACCAGCAAGAUUAAAAUUGUCUGAAGGCAAGAAAGAAGGGAGAAAAGGAAUCCUGUAAAAGAAACCAGAAUCCUCAGGCUUUCUAACCAGGAGUCUUCCAUGUAGUGCAAGCUAGGUGGGAGUCAACAUGUCUAGUAAAGCAUGGACUGGCAGCCUGCCUCCUGCAAUUUGAAUUUUCGGAGCCACUAAUGCUAUGACUUGACUGUUGCCUCUAAUUCUACUCAAUGGAUGAUUAUUUGGAAACUGUGAACUUGUGGAUGUUUUCAUUUUUUUUUAUUAUUUCAAAAUAUGGGGAAACCACUAUCUAACAAACAACUUACACAAUGCAAUGACUACUUGGAAUAAAAGUGGGUGUGAGAGCUCAUGCACUGUAGCAGCUCAGUAACUUCUUUUUACUCUGAUAUUUGUGUUCUUCUGUCAGUAUCUGUCUUUUCAAUAUUGCCUCAAGCUUUCUUUGGCUACUGGCAGACUUAUUUUUGUACUGAUAUUUUUGGCUUUUCUUUGUUUUAAUACAUCAUUUUCUUCUUGAAAAUCUUUCAUUUCCAAUGAUAAAAGCCUCAACAUAUGAGGCUUUGAGCCAUUUUUUAAUAUGUCAUUUGACCCUCCACUUUUGUCUUCGGGAAGAAUCCUCUUAGAAUUGGGAAAACUGUGUAGUCUCUUGCUUUCAUGUCUCUUAUUUCAAUGUUUAUAUCUUCAUCUGAGACUGUUCAGGAAUCUCUUUUUGGAAUAUUUUCCUGUGAUCCAGAGAUUGGAAUGUGUUUAUCUGAAUUAAAGCAUGAAAAAACCAACAGUCUGCAUAAAUGCUCUAAAAUUUAACAAAUAUUUUUAUUUUAUAUUUUACCAUUUAAACUAUCACAUACUUCUUUUUCCUGUUUUUCCUUUUCUCAUCAUUUACAAUGACAAAACAAUGUGUUGUUGCCAAGCUUGUCUCCUCUUCAGUCAGUUGCCUCUUGCGUAAACACACGUCUCUGUUUUCAUUUUAGAACCUUUGUCCUUUAUUGUUUCUGUGGCAAAUAUAUGGGAAUCAGAUCAGAAAAGUUGCUGACAGCUCAUAGGAGAUCUGUUAAAAUAUAUGUAAAACAUAUGUAUGGCUGCAUGUGGUAGAAGCUCUGUACUGUGAGUGGGAUAGAGCCAGCUUGCCUGGUUUUGAGAGUUGGUAGAGUCAUAGGGGGAGGUAGAAGUACCAAAUUGUGUCUUCUCAGGGAGACCUAUACAGUCAAAUUCUCCUGGCUCCUGAGAGCAAGUUGGUAGUGUUGGGGGUGUCUCUUGGAAUGAUGUAUUUGGUCAAACCUGUGGCUUAUGUCCAAUGCUGAAAGAGAUGGCUGUUACUAAUGUCAUCACUCCUCAUUAGAGUGAGUGUCCUUCAGAGGUGGUGCCAAAGACUUGAGCGGAAUGAGGUGGGUUGGUCAGUAGGAGGCUCACAUACACACAAAAACGUGUGUAUAUGUGUGUGUAUGUGUGUGUGUGAGCAGUUGUGGGCUGAGUUGAACUUGCAUAAUUAUUUAACAAAGCAAACAUCUUUGUUAGAAACUUAUUAUAUGCUGCCUCCGUUGGUGCCAAUAUGGUGGAGUUUGAGAUUUUUCUUAAACUGGUAAAAAAUGCUGUUAUCCUUGAAAUGAUUGUUUCUCCUGAUUGUUGGAGGAUACAUGUAGUCCAUAUCCAGCUUAAGUGCCAGCCCACCCUUACACAUUUCUGGUUUCUGGGUCUCUGUUUUGUUACUGUAAUUUUAGAAAUGAAAGCAAGUAAGAAACAAUAAGAACUCCCAGUCUGAUAGAAAAGAAGCUUGGUUUGAAUGAGGUGAGGGGUACUGUUCUCAUUCAGAGAAAAUUGAGGUUGUUUAAAAAAUUUCUCAUAAUCAACCACGUGGUAUAUUUGGUUUUCUAACAUUUUUCCCCAUUUAAAAACAAAUAACUAUCCUCCUUAGCUACACAUCAGUGAAUCCAAAGUUGAGCCUGGUUAUUUUUGCCACUUAAUUAAAAUAGAAAGGACUUCCAUGCUUGUUACCUUUCUUCUUCCUUUUUAAAUUUAAUGUUCUCUUAACCUAGAACAGAGAGAGCCUAGGCAGUAUGGUCAAACAUCAAGUUGGAAGGGGAAAUGGACAGUCUGGCACCCUCUGGUCUAUGAGGAGAUUAGUUCUUUCUGGUGCUACCUGCAAGAAGUAAUUGGUAUUAUUGCAUUAGUUGUUUGGGUUAAGAUUAUUACUGGAGGGUGUUUCCAGUAAAUGUAACCACUCCCUUGGCCAGUGUAACUUGUGCAACUUGUGAGGCAUUUCCUGUGUUAUUAACUUGUUAUCAUCCUCAUUGUCCUAAGGGUAUCAUAGGUCAUUUUUCACACAAAAGUUAAGGUCCAGGUGUUAUUUAUAAUUUGAGGCAUUAACCUCCCCCUCUGUGAUACUAGACGGACCUAAUGGUGGCGAAAUCCUAUGCAAAAAGGGGCUUAGCCUUUUAUCAUUUGCCACAACAUGACAUUUCCCAUUAGGAGUUGAGAAGGUAUGUACUGUAUUGGAGCCAAAGUCUAUGUUUGACACACCUUUUUGGGGGGGAGGGGAGGAUAAUCUCUAAGCUAUUAGGUUUAUGUGCUCUUCUGUCUGUGUAUUUCCUAUGUUAAAAUAGCUUUUUUGGAAAGGCCUCUUGCCAUUUUAUAUAUUUUAUUUCCUUCUAGGGUUAGUUAGAAUGUUUUUUCAUGUGAUGCCAAUUCAAAGCAGUAUAUUUAUGUGUGUAUAUUUAUUAUUCUUUGAGAGAGCAAUGAUACUGAUGGGAUAAAUGGAUGGCCAUUGGCACCAGCAUUCAGAAAUACUUGCAGCCAUAAAAGUAAGGAAGUACUUCUACUGUGGUGUGGCCCACACUAGGGAAGCAAGGGCCUAGUUUGACCUCUUGAAACUACCCUAGAGUAGAUGCUAUGCAGGGGAAGGAAUGCAGAUUUGACAGUGUUUUUCCUGGCUAGGAGUUAGUGUUCAAAGGAAAGCCCUGGGAGCUCUGGUUGUAACAGGGCUAUGGCCAUUGUUCAGUCUUAGAGGUGAAGAGCCUCCUUCAGCUGGCCUGAGUUCACUGUGCCAAGUCAUAGGAUUGGUCUUAAUUGUAAUGUCAUUCUCUUCUCCUGCCAACACAGACCCAAACAAGCAUUUCUACCUAAUUUCUUCCAAAGGAUUAGGAUGCAGUUGAAAAUAUGCUUUUCUGGUUGAAUUUAUGAUCAUUUUGAAUUGUGCUACAGGUUGAUUGGCAACAUGUAUUUGAGGAAGUCAUCUUUGAAGUGGACUCUUCUUUCUGCUUUCACAUUCUGUGCCACAUCAUUAGACCCUAAUAAUCACUCCACUUGUCUUCAGGGGGUCCAUGCAGGCUCCCAUGGAGCCGAUUGCCUCAGUUGCAAGCAUCUAGGUAGUGGUGAGUGCUGUGAAAAGGGAGUUGAAGAGUGAUAUAAGCCCUAAGGAUGGAGCUUUUCCCCCUUUUUCUGCUCAGAAGGAAUAUCCUGGAUUAGACCCUGAAUUGAUACUACCAUGUUGUCCAGUGCUAGAAAGAUUUUCUUUCAAACCGAGUUUCCGAGUGUAUGAAAAUCUAAGCCAAUAGUUUAUUUGACUUUGGCAAUUAGCAUAAUCUAAACAGCUUUAUAAAAAAUAUUCAGCAUUUUCCACCAGCUUAGAUUGGCCUUUGAACAAUAUAGUGCUGAUUGAAGGGCCAGUGAGUAGGUAUAGCCUAGAAUAGCCCAAGUGCCGAGUUGCCAUAGAAACUGUGGUAUAUGAGAUUACAGCCAGCACUAAUGGCCUUAGACAACUAAAAAGAGUCACUGAAUUCUGCCUCAAACCUGUUGGAAAGUAACACGGUGUAACCUGUCAGGAUCCUUUGCAUGAUUCUAUAGGUCCGGUUAUAGAUAGCUAAGGUUUCUGAAAAACAAACAAGCUUCUCUGUUUUUCUAAAAAAAAAUUUCAUUUUCAUUCCACUAUAUGUGUAACUGUAUGUGUAAAUAAACAAGUAACAUGCUCUCUGUCAUUUCUUUUAUUGUGUUUCUGUAAUGUUCAAAGAUUAAAUUUUUUUGUUUGCUCUCU